CACGGCCGCCAUUUUGCUCGUCGCGCUUCCAUUGUGUGCGAGAUAGUAAAUAUCUGACACUGCAACAACACGCUCGAGUCACUGCUGGAAACGGCGCUUAAAUUGCCCUUGGUGGGUGAAAUCUGGUUGAUACUUUGUGGUCAUGGCUCGUACCAAGCAAACCGCCCGUAAGUCCACAGGAGGAAAGGCUCCUCGCAAGCAGCUGGCCACCAAGGCUGCACGCAAAAGCGCCCCCUCAACCGGGGGCGUCAAAAAGCCCCAUCGUUACAGGCCCGGUACUGUGGCUCUGAGAGAGAUUCGUCGGUACCAGAAGUCAACGGAGCUGCUGAUCCGUAAACUGCCCUUCCAGCGCCUGGUCAGAGAGAUUGCGCAGGACUUCAAGACUGACUUGCGUUUUCAGAGCGCCGCAAUUGGUGCUCUGCAGGAAGCCAGUGAGGCAUACCUGGUGGGACUAUUUGAGGACACCAACCUGUGUGCCAUCCACGCCAAGCGGGUCACCAUCAUGCCCAAGGACAUCCAGCUGGCCCGCCGAAUCCGUGGCGAGCGUGCUUAGAAGGCACCUUUUGACCUUUGUCUCUUUCUUUACAUCCUCACUCCCUCCCCCCGAUUCCCCUUCCCAGCUUCUCGGUAGACUUUUAAGCGGUAGAAUUUUGUCGAUGUGUGGUCUCUGAGGUUUCUUUGUCUUCACCAAAUGUUUAGGGUACCUAUUUAGUGCACAGACAAGAUGUAGAUCAGACGAACAUUGGCACGAGUGUGCGACCAUCCUGGGUUUGAGGGGGCAUAUCCAGACACCAGUCACACCUUUGGGUCCACAUGGAUUUCCUGAGCUGCAGACGGGGUGAGCAGAGGGGCUAGUCUGCUUAAGGGGAGCUGCAACUUCCACAGCAGGGUGCUAUUAAAACUAGUCCUGACACUUCUGCCCUGUCUUACUUUACACCCACCUCGUCGGUCAUCAGCCCCCCCUCUCCUUAAGCACCAGCAGCGUGACGCCUUGCGCUACCCUUUGAAAGCACAUCUCUGCCUCUGGAAUUUGUGCGAGCAGUCAGUUUGUGUGCAUGUAUGAACUCUGAUCUUUUCAACCAGAUGUAAUCAAUAAGCAAAAAAAAAAAUCUUAUGCAUACGGUGUCGGUUUUUGUUUUACUCAUCAUAACAAAUAAUCCCAUCCUCUUCCAUUUACAGAGGGUCAAAGCAUGGAAACGCAAACAUAGUGAAAAGUUUUUUGGGUUUUUUUUUCCCCAUUUCAAGAAUGAUUUGAAAAUCAGGAAGGGCUUUUAUCCAACAUAGAGUUGUAUUUGCAAAACGCAGCCACUAUGGAGAGAAGUUUUACCAGUGGUCGUUAGCUGUUGGUCAAACCUUUUUUCUUUGGAUUUGGCCCCCCCCCCCCCACCCACCCACACGCACACAUAAAUUAAUUUGACAUAGAAUUGAGGGUCUCACUUCUCCGCAGUUCUGUCCCUUUCUCAAUAAUUUGUAAUACACAGUAUAACCUCGCUUUCUUUUAUAUUUUUGGGUAAAUGCUCAUGGAUUUCAAAUGUAUGAAUAAGCUGAUCUUUGUAUUUUCCAAAUUUCUCAUAUGGUAGCAUUAAAUAGAUGUUAAAAAGAAACGUUUGAAAGUUG